GUUAUUGAAAAGUGGAAACUUUGAAUAAAUAAUACGUAUUAAAAAUAUAAAAAAAUAUACAUUCCAACUGUACUAUUCUACAAUACACAUGUCGUACAGUGACAGUGAAUUAGAAGACGAAGGGAAAACGAAAUCAAAAAAAUGUAUCGACACUUUUUACAGGCCAAAACGAGCUAUCAGACGAACUAUACUGAGAACUAACAAACUCGACAUUAAAACGGCCAACAGAAAAAACCAGUUGAAUCGCCAAUAUUUAGAAAUUCGACUGGUCGGAGCAGUUAACCUAAAUAAUGUAGAUCUCGCUAGAACGUUAUUAAAAAGCGGCGUUAGUCCAGAUACAAUCGAUUCGGAAUGCAGAAGCGUUCUGCAUAUCGCAGUGAGCAGGGGGUACUCGGACUUAGUAGAACUACUACUAAAACACGGGGCUAAUCCUAAUAAACGAGACAUCAUCCAAAAUACUCCAUUACAUUUAGCAGCGUGCGUACAUAAUUUAAAAAUCGUAACGAUGCUGAUCAAUGCCAAAGCGGACGUCAGUUGCCUAGACAUGCACGGAAGGAAUCCAUUCCAAUUGGCUUCUAGUAAAUUACAAAGACUUCAGCAUUUUUGGAAGGAAGGCGCAAUCGAGAUGAUAAAAUUAAAAGAGGAAUUGAAAGAGGUUGUAGACUUGUUACUUUCCAUGUUAAUGAGAGACUUGGAGCAAAAAAUGGCUCAUUCGACAAUUGCUCAUUCGGACGUCAAUGAUCUACAAGUGAUGAAGUUAUCGAUCAAUUCGAACCCCCCCGAAGAAUUGGAUAACCAAAUAUCGAAAUUGCUCAGUGGAAUAGAAAAAUUCUCAAUAGCAUAAAACUGACGGUUUGAUAUGUUCUAUUCUAAUACGAAUUUAAAUAUAAUUAUUACAUAUUCGUAUUUUCAGCUAUAUUUGCUAUAUUGAUAUUCAUAUGAAUUAUUGUGAAUUUGAGAUUCUUAUUUGUCCUCUUGCAUCUUUUACUUAUAGUCGAUGGAAUUUUUGAGUUUGAACAAUUUGUUCCAA